AUCCCACAAAGAACAUCCUCCCAAACUCGCAACCUAAAACAUGUCAGACGUAGAAAAACCUACAGCAAAGCCCAUACGCGUCGUCGUCAUGGGCGCCAGCCGCUGCGGCACCCUGGGCGUCUACACGGCCCUCAAAACCCUUGGCUACACGCCGUUCCACAUGUACGAGGUAACAUUUAAGAACGGCGACAGGGAGCUCCUUAAGCUUGCCGACGCCAUCGAGGCCGAGCAGCACCGUGGCGUCGUCCCAUCCAUUGAUCUCGACGAUCUAUUAAAGGGAUACGACGCCUUUGUCGAAAUUGGCAGCUUCUUUCCGCUGACGACACUGCAUCGGUACCUGCCGGACCCGGACGUAAAGUGGAUCCUGACGGAACGCGACCCGGCGAGCUGGACCCGGUCAAUUGACGAGACCAUCGGAGACGUUUACCGCGCCUGCUCGUCUGCGGAUGCGAGGGUUUUGGGGCUGUUUAAUCCGUGGUUGGGUCUGAUGAGCCGCUGGCUGGAGGUGGUUUUCAAACGCUGGGGUGGAAAAAGACCUGGGGAGCCAGGGUUAUCGACGGCCAUGCAGUCGAGCUUUCUUGAGUACAACGAGCUUAUCAAAGCCAAGGUACCAGCUGAGAGGUUACUGACCCUGAAAUUAGAGGACGGUUUCGCUUGGGAUGAGAUUUGCGAGUUUCUGGGUCACCCAGUGCCCAAGGAACCGUACCCCAGAAUUAAUGAUAAAGCAAUGUUCAAAACUAUGACUAGCGGGCUUAUCAGGGAUCAUAAGCUGACGGCAGUGAAGAGAAUAACGGCGCUCCUCACGCCCAUUAUUGGUGUUGCCGCGUAUUUCUACUGGUCAUCAUAAAUGCCUGGCUGAGUGGGAGAUUUAAAGGGUUGUCUAGGGCUACGAUGAGUUGGUGCGGAUGAAAGUUUAAGGUGUGGCUUUGUGCGGUUAUUGUUGGUCGAUAAGGGGGCUUUCUUCGGGGUGUGAGUAUAUAGCCACAUAUAGACUUGUAGUGCAAGGUACAGUGCCUUUCGCCAAUAAUAUAAAGUGCCUAACAAGCGCGAGUUCGAAC